ACCAGCGCUCCUCUCUCAGCUUUUCCGUGUAACCACUCCAUUCAUACACUGCUUCACACCAAGCGCAACCCCCAACGUUUUCCUUUCUGAUAGAUUGGAUUCGUGUUUGGAGUUUAGUUAGCAAGGAGGGGGAAGAGGAUGAUGAUAAACGUGAAGGAGUCGACGAUGGUGCGGCCGGCGGCGGAGACGCCCCGGAGGUCGCUGUGGAAUUCCAAUGUCGACUUGGUGGUGCCGAAUUUCCACACGCCGAGCGUAUACUUCUACAGGCCAACGGCGGACACGCCGGGUUUCUUCGACGCCAUGGUUCUUAAGGAUGCUCUGAGCAAGGUUCUGGUGCCUUUCUACCCAAUGGCUGGGCGACUCCGCCGGGAUGACGAUGGCCGUGUUGAGAUUGACUGCAACGGCGAAGGCGUCCUCUUCGUCGAGGCCGAAACGGACAAAGUCAUUGACGAUUUCGGUGACUUUGCUCCGACGCUUGAACUCCGACAGCUCAUUCCCGCCGUCGAUUAUUCCCGUGGAAUCGAAACCUAUCCCCUGUUAGUGUUGCAGAUAACAUAUUUCAAAUGUGGAGGGGCGUCACUUGGAGUAGGUAUGCAGCAUCAUGUAGCAGAUGGAUGUUCAGGUCUGCGCUUCAUCAAUACAUGGUCAGACAUAGCUCGUGGCCAUGAUCUUACACUUCGUCCCUUCAUCGACCGGACCCUUCUUCGAGCUCAGGACCCUCCUCGGCCGGUUUUCGAUCACAUCGAAUACAAACCCCCUCCGGCCAUGAUCACUCCCUCCUCCUUGCCACCAUCACCCACAAAACCAGGCGCAGACCCAGCACCGCCAGCUGCAGUGUCUAUUUUCAAAAUGACUCGUGGCCACCUGAACCUUCUGAAAUCCAAGUCCAAAGAAAAUGGCAACACAAUCAAUUAUAGCUCCUAUGAGAUGUUGGCUGGCCAUGUGUGGAAAAACGUGUGCAAGGCACGUGGCUUACCCCAUGAUCAAGAAACCAAACUGUACAUUGCUACUGAUGGAAGGUCUAGAUUGAAGCCAGAGCUGCCAGAAGGUUACUUUGGAAAUGUGAUAUUCACAGCCACACCAAUGGCUAUUGCUGGUGAUCUCAUGUCAAAGCCAACUUGGUAUGCUGCGAGCAAAAUUCAUAAUGCUUUGGUGAGAAUGGACAAUGAGUAUCUGAGGUCGGCUUUGGACUACCUAGAGCUUCAACCUGAUCUUAAAGCUCUUGUUCGUGGGGCUCAUACUUUCAAGUGUCCAAAUCUUGGGAUCACUAGUUGGGUUAGGCUGCCAAUACAUGAUGCUGAUUUUGGGUGGGGGAGGCCUAUUUUCAUGGGACCAGGUGGCAUUGCGUACGAGGGACUGUCUUUUAUAAUACCAAGUUCAUCAAAUGAUGGUAGCUUGUCUGUUGCCAUUGCUCUCCAGCCUGACCACAUGAAAGUGUUUCAGGAAUUGUUAUAUGACAUGUAAUUCUUUUUCUUCCUUUUUUUUGGACACUUCAUGAACCUUAUACAUAAUUUAGACCCAUGAACGAUUCAG